AUGGCAAGAAAGAAGCUGAAAAAAUUUACUACUUUGGAGAUUGUGCUCAGUGUUCUUCUGCUUGUGUUGUUUAUCAUCAGUAUUGUUCUAAUUGUGCUUUUAGCCAAAGAGUCACUGAAAUCAACAGCCCCAGAUCCCGGGACAACUUGUACCCCAGAUCCUGGAACAACUGGUACCACACAUCCUAGGACAACGGGUCCCCCAGAUCCUGGAACAACUGCUACCACUCCUGUUUCUGCUGAAUGUCCAGUGGUAAAUGAAUUGGAACGAAUUAAUUGCAUCCCUGACCAGCCGCCAACAAAGGCCACAUGUGACCAACGUGGCUGUUGCUGGAAUCCCCAGGGAGCUGUAAGUGUUCCCUGGUGCUACUAUUCCAAGAAUCAUAGCUACCACAUGGAGGGCAACCUUGUCAACACAAAUGCAGGAUUCACAGCCCGGUUGAAAAAUCUGCCUUCUUCACCCGUGUUUGGAAGCAAUGUUGACAAUGUUCUUCUCACAGCAGAAUAUCAGACAUCUAAUCGUUUCCACUUUAAGUUGACUGACCAAACCAAUAACAGGUUUGAAGUGCCCCACGAACAUGUGCAGUCCUUCAGUGGAAAUGCUGCUGCUUCUUUGACCUACCAAGUUGAUAUCUCCAGACAGCCAUUUAGCAUCAAAGUGACCAGAAGAAGCAACAAUCGUGUUUUGUUUGACUCGAGCAUUGGGCCCCUACUGUUUGCUGACCAGUUCUUGCAGCUCUCCACUCGACUGCCUAGCGCUAACGUGUAUGGCCUGGGAGAGCAUGUGCACCAGCAGUAUCGGCAUGAUAUGAAUUGGAAGACCUGGCCCAUAUUUAACAGAGACACAACUCCCAAUGGAAACGGAACUAAUUUGUAUGGUGCGCAGACAUUCUUCUUGUGCCUUGAAGAUGCUAGUGGAUUGUCCUUUGGGGUGUUUCUGAUGAACAGCAAUGCCAUGGAGGUUGUCCUUCAGCCUGCGCCAGCCAUCACUUACCGCACCAUUGGGGGCAUUCUCGACUUCUAUGUGUUCUUGGGAAACACUCCAGAGCAAGUUGUUCAAGAAUAUCUAGAGCUUAUUGGGCGGCCAGCCCUUCCCUCCUACUGGGCGCUUGGAUUUCACCUCAGUCGUUAUGAAUAUGGAACCUUAGACAACAUGAGGGAAGUCGUGGAGAGAAAUCGCGCAGCACAGCUCCCUUAUGAUGUUCAGCAUGCUGAUAUUGAUUAUAUGGAUGAGAGAAGGGACUUCACUUACGAUCCAGUGGAUUUUAAAGGCUUCCCUGAAUUUGUCAACGAGUUACACAAUAAUGGACAGAAGCUUGUUAUCAUUGUGGAUCCAGCCAUCUCCAACAACUCUUCCUCAAGUAAACCCUAUGGCCCAUAUGACAGGGGUUCAGAUAUGAAGAUAUGGGUGAAUAGUUCAGAUGGAGUGACUCCACUCAUUGGGGAGGUCUGGCCUGGACAAACUGUGUUUCCUGAUUAUACCAAUCCCAACUGUGCUGUUUGGUGGACAAAGGAAUUUGAACUUUUUCACAAUCAAGUAGAGUUUGAUGGAAUCUGGAUUGAUAUGAAUGAAGUCUCCAACUUUGUUGAUGGUUCGGUCUCAGGAUGUUCCACAAACAACCUAAAUAAUCCCCCAUUCACUCCCAGAAUCCUGGAUGGGUACCUGUUCUGCAAGACUCUCUGUAUGGAUGCAGUGCAGCACUGGGGCAAGCAGUAUGACGUUCACAAUCUGUAUGGCUACUCCAUGGCGGUCGCCACAGCAGAAGCUGCCAAGACUGUGUUCCCUAAUAAGAGAAGCUUCAUUCUGACCCGUUCUACCUUUGCGGGCUCUGGCAAGUUUUCAGCACAUUGGUUAGGAGACAACACUGCCACCUGGGACGACCUGAGAUGGUCCAUCCCUGGCGUGCUUGAGUUCAACCUUUUCGGCAUCCCAAUGGUGGGUCCUGACAUAUGUGGCUUUGCCUUGGAUGCCCCUGAGGAGCUCUGUAGGCGGUGGAUGCAAUUGGGUGCAUUUUAUCCAUUUUCUAGAAAUCACAAUGGCCAAGGCUACAAGGACCAGGAUCCUGCCUCCUUUGGAGCUGACUCCCUGCUGUUGAAUUCCUCCAGGCACUACCUUAACAUCCGCUAUACUCUAUUGCCCUACCUAUACACCCUCUUCUUCCGUGCUCACAGCCGAGGGGACACGGUGGCCAGGCCCCUUUUGCAUGAGUUCUAUGAGGACAACAGCACGUGGGAUGUGCACCAACAGUUCUUAUGGGGGCCCGGCCUCCUCAUCACUCCAGUUCUGGAUGAAGGUGCAGAAAAAGUGAUGGCAUAUGUGCCUGAUGCUGUCUGGUAUGACUACGAGACUGGGAGCCAAGUGAGAUGGAGGAAGCAAAAAGUCGAGAUGGAACUUCCUGGAGACAAAAUUGGACUUCACCUUCGAGGAGGCUACAUCUUCCCCACACAGCAGCCAAAUACAACCACUCUGGCCAGUCGAAAGAACCCUCUUGGUCUUAUCAUUGCCCUAGAUGAGAACAAAGAAGCAAAAGGAGAACUUUUCUGGGAUGAUGGGGAAACGAAGGAUACUGUGGCCAAUAAAGUGCAUCUUUUAUGUGAGUUUUCUGUCACUCAAAACCGCUUGGAGGUGAAUAUUUCACAAUCAACCUACAAGGACCCCAAUAAUUUAGCAUUUAAUGAGAUUAAAAUUCUUGGGACGGAGGAACCUAGCAAUGUUACGGUGAAACACAAUGGUGUCCCAAGUCAGACUUCUCCUACAGUCACUUAUGAUUCUAACCUGAAGGUUGCCAUUAUCACAGAUAUCGAUCUUCUCCUGGGAGAAGCAUACACAGUGGAGUGGGGCAUAAAGAUAAGGGAUGAAGAAAAAAUAGACUGUUACCCUGAUGAGAAUGGUGCUUCUGCAGAAAACUGCACUGCCCGUGGCUGUAUCUGGGAGGCAUCCAAUUCUUCUGGAGUCCCUUUUUGCUAUUUUGUCAACGACCUAUACUCUGUCAGUGAUGUUCAGUAUAACUCCCAUGGGGCCACAGCUGACAUCUCCUUAAAGUCUUCCGUUUAUGCCAAUGCCUUCCCCUCCACACCCGUGAACCCCCUUCGCCUGGAUGUCACUUACCAUAAGAAUGAAAUGCUGCAGUUCAAGAUUUAUGAUCCCAACAACAAUCGGUAUGAAGUUCCAGUCCCUCUGAACAUACCCAGCGUGCCAUCCAGCACCCCUGAGGGUCAACUCUAUGACGUCCUCAUUAAGAAGAAUCCAUUUGGGAUUGAAAUUCGCCGGAAGAGUACAGGCACUAUAAUUUGGGACUCUCAGCUCCUUGGCUUCACCUUCAGUGACAUGUUUAUCCGCAUCUCCACCCGCCUUCCCUCCAAGUACCUCUACGGCUUUGGGGAAACUGAGCACAGGUCCUACAGGAGAGACUUGGAGUGGCACACUUGGGGGAUGUUCUCCCGAGACCAGCCCCCAGGGUACAAGAAGAAUUCCUAUGGUGUCCACCCGUACUACAUGGGGCUGGAGGAGGACGGCAGUGCUCAUGGAGUGCUCCUGCUGAACAGCAAUGCCAUGGAUGUGACAUUCCAGCCCCUGCCUGCCUUGACAUACCGCACCACAGGGGGAGUUCUGGACUUUUAUGUGUUCUUGGGGCCGACUCCAGAGCUUGUCACCCAGCAGUACACUGAGUUGAUUGGCCGUCCUGUGAUGGUACCUUACUGGUCUUUGGGGUUCCAGCUGUGUCGCUAUGGCUACCAGAACGACUCUGAGAUCGCCAGCUUGUAUGAUGAGAUGGUGGCUGCCCAGAUCCCUUAUGACGUGCAGUACUCAGACAUCGACUACAUGGAGCGGCAGCUGGACUUCACCCUCAGCCCCAAGUUUGCUGGGUUUCCAGCUCUGAUCAAUCGCAUGAAGGCUGAUGGGAUGCGGGUCAUCCUCAUUCUGGAUCCAGCCAUUUCUGGCAAUGAGACACAGCCUUAUCCUGCUUUCACUCGGGGUGUGGAAGAUGACGUCUUCAUCAAGUACCCAAAUGAUGGAGACAUUGUCUGGGGAAAGGUCUGGCCUGAUUUUCCUGAUGUGGUUGUGAAUGGGUCUCUAGACUGGGACAGCCAAGUGGAGCUAUAUCGAGCUUAUGUGGCCUUCCCAGACUUUUUCCGUAAUUCAACUGCCAAGUGGUGGAAGAGGGAAAUAGAAGAACUAUACAACAAUCCACAGGAUCCAGAGAGGAGCUUGAAGUUUGAUGGCAUGUGGAUUGAUAUGAAUGAACCAUCAAGCUUCGUGAAUGGGGCAGUUUCUCCAGGCUGCAGGGACGCCUCUCUGAACCACCCUCCCUACAUGCCACAUUUGGAGUCUAGGGACAGGGGCCUGAGCAGCAAGACCCUUUGCAUGGAGAGUGAGCAGAUCCUCCCAGACGGCUCCCCGGUGCAGCACUACAACGUGCACAACCUGUACGGGUGGUCCCAGACCAGACCCACAUACGAAGCCGUGCAGGAGGUGACAGGACAACGAGGGGUCGUCAUCACCCGCUCCACAUUUCCCUCUUCUGGCCGCUGGGCAGGACAUUGGCUGGGAGACAACACGGCCGCGUGGGAUCAGCUGAAGAAAUCUAUCAUUGGCAUGAUGGAGUUCAGCCUCUUCGGCAUAUCCUAUACGGGAGCAGAUAUCUGUGGGUUCUUUGAAGAUGCUGAAUAUGAGAUGUGUGUUCGCUGGAUGCAGCUGGGGGCCUUUUACCCCUUCUCAAGAAACCACAACACCAUUGGGACCAGGAGACAAGACCCUGUGUCCUGGGACGCUGCUUUUGUGAAUAUUUCCAGAAAUGUCCUGCAGACCAGAUACACCCUGUUGCCAUAUCUGUAUACCUUGAUGCAUAAGGCCCACACGGAGGGCGUCACUGUUGUGCGGCCUCUGCUCCAUGAGUUUGUGUCAGACCAGGUGACAUGGGACAUAGACAGUCAGUUCCUGCUGGGCCCAGCCUUCCUGGUCAGCCCUGUCCUGGAGCGCAAUGCCAGAAAUGUCACUGCAUAUUUCCCUAGAGCCCGUUGGUACGAUUACUACACGGGUGUGGAUAUUAAUGCAAGAGGAGAGUGGAAGACCCUGCCAGCCCCUCUUGACCACAUUAAUCUUCAUGUCCGUGGGGGUUACAUCCUGCCCUGGCAAGAGCCUGCACUGAACACCCACUUAAGUCGAAAGAACCCUCUUGGUCUUAUUAUUGCCCUAGAUGAAAACAAAGAAGCAAAAGGAGAACUUUUCUGGGAUGAUGGGCAAACAAAGGAUACUGUGGCCAAUAAAGUAUAUCUUUUAUGUGAGUUUUCUGUCACUCAAAACCGCUUGGAGGUGAAUAUUUCACAAUCAACCUACAAGGACCCCAAUAAUUUAGCAUUUAAUGAGAUUAAAAUUCUUGGGACGGAGGAACCUAGCAAUGUUACGGUGAAACACAAUGGUGUCCCAAGUCAGACUUCUCCUACAGUCACUUAUGAUUCUAACCUGAAGGUUGCCAUUAUCACAGAUAUCGAUCUUCUCCUGGGAGAAGCAUACACAGUGGAGUGGGGCAUAAAGAUAAGGGAUGAAGAAAAAAUAGACUGUUACCCUGAUGAGAAUGGUGCUUCUGCAGAAAACUGCACUGCCCGUGGCUGUAUCUGGGAGGCAUCCAAUUCUUCUGGAGUCCCUUUUUGCUAUUUUGUCAACGACCUAUACUCUGUCAGUGAUGUUCAGUAUAACUCCCAUGGGGCCACAGCUGACAUCUCCUUAAAGUCUUCCGUUUAUGCCAAUGCCUUCCCCUCCACACCCGUGAACCCCCUUCGCCUGGAUGUCACUUACCAUAAGAAUGAAAUGCUGCAGUUCAAGAUUUAUGAUCCCAACAACAAUCGGUAUGAAGUUCCAGUCCCUCUGAACAUACCCAGCGUGCCAUCCAGCACCCCUGAGGGUCAACUCUAUGAUGUCCUCAUUAAGAAGAAUCCAUUUGGGAUUGAAAUUCGCCGGAAGAGUACAGGCACUAUAAUUUGGGACUCUCAGCUCCUUGGCUUCACCUUCAGUGACAUGUUUAUCCGCAUCUCCACCCGCCUUCCCUCCAAGUACUUCUAUGGCUUUGGGGAAACUGAGCACAGGUCCUACAGGAGAGACUUGGAGUGGCACACUUGGGGGAUGUUCUCCCGAGACCAGCCCCCAGGGUACAAGAAGAAUUCCUAUGGUGUCCACCCCUACUACAUGGGGCUGGAGGAGGACGGCAGUGCUCAUGGAGUGCUCCUGCUGAACAGCAAUGCCAUGGAUGUGACGUUCCAGCCCCUGCCUGCCUUGACAUACCGCACCACAGGGGGAGUUCUGGACUUUUAUGUGUUCUUGGGGCCGACUCCAGAGCUUGUCACCCAGCAGUACACUGAGUUGAUUGGCCGUCCUGUGAUGGUACCUUACUGGUCUUUGGGGUUCCAGCUGUGUCGCUAUGGCUACCAGAACGACUCUGAGAUCGCCAGCUUGUAUGAUGAGAUGGUGGCUGCCCAGAUCCCUUAUGACGUGCAGUACUCAGACAUCGACUACAUGGAGCGGCAGCUGGACUUCACCCUCAGCCCCAAGUUUGCUGGGUUUCCAGCUCUGAUCAAUCGCAUGAAGGCUGAUGGGAUGCGGGUCAUCCUCAUUCUGGAUCCAGCCAUUUCUGGCAAUGAGACACAGCCUUAUCCUGCCUUCACUCGGGGCAUGGAGGAUGACGUCUUCAUCAAAUACCCAAAUGAUGGAGACAUUGUCUGGGGAAAGGUCUGGCCUGAUUUUCCUGAUGUGGUUGUGAAUGGGUCUCUAGACUGGGACAGCCAAGUGGAGCUAUAUCGAGCUUAUGUGGCCUUCCCAGACUUUUUCCGUAAUUCAACUGCCAAAUGGUGGAAGAGGGAAAUAGAAGAACUAUACAACAAUCCACAGGAUCCAGAGAGGAGCUUGAAGUUUGAUGGCAUGUGGAUUGAUAUGAAUGAACCAUCAAGCUUCGUGAAUGGGGCAGUUUCUCCAGGCUGCAGGGACGCCUCUCUGAACCACCCUCCCUACAUGCCACAUUUGGAGUCUAGGGACAGGGGCCUGAGCAGCAAGACCCUUUGCAUGGAGAGUGAGCAGAUCCUCCCAGACGGCUCCCCGGUGCAGCACUACAAUGUGCACAACCUGUACGGGUGGUCCCAGACCAGACCCACAUACGAAGCCGUGCAGGAGGUGACAGGACAACGAGGGGUCGUCAUCACCCGCUCCACAUUUCCCUCUUCUGGCCGCUGGGCAGGACAUUGGCUGGGAGACAACACGGCCGCGUGGGAUCAGCUGAAGAAAUCUAUCAUUGGCAUGAUGGAGUUCAGCCUCUUCGGCAUAUCCUAUACGGGAGCAGAUAUCUGUGGGUUCUUUGAAGAUGCUGAAUAUGAGAUGUGUGUUCGCUGGAUGCAGCUGGGGGCCUUUUACCCCUUCUCAAGAAACCACAACACCAUUGGGACCAGGAGACAAGACCCUGUGUCCUGGGAUGCUGCUUUUGUGAAUAUUUCCAGAAAUGUCCUGCAGACCAGAUACACCCUGUUGCCAUAUCUGUAUACCUUGAUGCAUAAGGCCCACACGGAGGGCGUCACUGUUGUGCGGCCUCUGCUCCAUGAGUUUGUGUCAGACCAGGUGACAUGGGACAUAGACAGUCAGUUCCUGCUGGGCCCAGCCUUCCUGGUCAGCCCUGUCCUGGAGCGCAAUGCCAGAAAUGUCACUGCAUAUUUCCCUAGAGCCCGUUGGUAUGAUUACUACACGGGUGUGGAUAUUAAUGCAAGAGGAGAGUGGAAGACCUUGCCAGCCCCUCUUGACCACAUUAAUCUUCAUGUCCGUGGGGGCUCCAUCCUGCCCUGGCAAGAGCCUGCACUGAACACCCACUUAAGUCGAAAGAACCCUCUUGGUCUUAUUAUUGCCCUAGAUGAAAACAAAGAAGCAAAAGGAGAACUUUUCUGGGAUGAUGGGCAAACAAAGGAUACUGUGGCCAAUAAAGUAUAUCUUUUAUGUGAGUUUUCUGUCACUCAAAACCGCUUGGAGGUGAAUAUUUCACAAUCAACCUACAAGGACCCCAAUAAUUUAGCAUUUAAUGAGAUUAAAAUUCUUGGGACGGAGGAACCUAGCAAUGUUACGGUGAAACACAAUGGUGUCCCAAGUCAGACUUCUCCUACAGUCACUUAUGAUUCUAACCUGAAGGUUGCCAUUAUCACAGAUAUCGAUCUUCUCCUGGGAGAAGCAUACACAGUGGAGUGGGGCAUAAAGAUAAGGGAUGAAGAAAAAAUAGACUGUUACCCUGAUGAGAAUGGUGCUUCUGCAGAAAACUGCACUGCCCGUGGCUGUAUCUGGGAGGCAUCCAAUUCUUCUGGAGUCCCUUUUUGCUAUUUUGUCAACGACCUAUACUCUGUCAGUGAUGUUCAGUAUAACUCCCAUGGGGCCACAGCUGACAUCUCCUUAAAGUCUUCCGUUUAUGCCAAUGCCUUCCCCUCCACACCCGUGAACCCCCUUCGCCUGGAUGUCACUUACCAUAAGAAUGAAAUGCUGCAGUUCAAGAUUUAUGAUCCCAACAACAAUCGGUAUGAAGUUCCAGUCCCUCUGAACAUACCCAGCGUGCCAUCCAGCACCCCUGAGGGUCAACUCUAUGAUGUCCUCAUUAAGAAGAAUCCAUUUGGGAUUGAAAUUCGCCGGAAGAGUACAGGCACUAUAAUUUGGGACUCUCAGCUCCUUGGCUUCACCUUCAGUGACAUGUUUAUCCGCAUCUCCACCCGCCUUCCCUCCAAGUACUUCUAUGGCUUUGGGGAAACUGAGCACAGGUCCUACAGGAGAGACUUGGAGUGGCACACUUGGGGGAUGUUCUCCCGAGACCAGCCCCCAGGGUACAAGAAGAAUUCCUAUGGUGUCCACCCCUACUACAUGGGGCUGGAGGAGGACGGCAGUGCUCAUGGAGUGCUCCUGCUGAACAGCAAUGCCAUGGAUGUGACGUUCCAGCCCCUGCCUGCCUUGACAUACCGCACCACAGGGGGAGUUCUGGACUUUUAUGUGUUCUUGGGGCCGACUCCAGAGCUUGUCACCCAGCAGUACACUGAGUUGAUUGGCCGGCCUGUGAUGGUACCUUACUGGUCUUUGGGGUUCCAGCUAUGUCGCUAUGGCUACCAGAACGACUCUGAGAUCGCCAGCUUGUAUGAUGAGAUGGUGGCUGCCCAGAUCCCUUAUGACGUGCAGUACUCAGACAUCGACUACAUGGAGCGGCAGCUGGACUUCACCCUCAGCCCCAAGUUUGCUGGGUUUCCAGCUCUGAUCAAUCGCAUGAAGGCUGAUGGGAUGCGGGUCAUCCUCAUUCUGGAUCCAGCCAUUUCUGGCAAUGAGACACAGCCUUAUCCUGCCUUCACUCGGGGCAUGGAGGAUGACGUCUUCAUCAAAUACCCAAAUGAUGGAGACAUUGUCUGGGGAAAGGUCUGGCCUGAUUUUCCUGAUGUGGUUGUGAAUGGGUCUCUAGACUGGGACAGCCAAGUGGAGCUAUAUCGAGCUUAUGUGGCCUUCCCAGACUUUUUCCGUAAUUCAACUGCCAAAUGGUGGAAGAGGGAAAUAGAAGAACUAUACAACAAUCCACAGGAUCCAGAGAGGAGCUUGAAGUUUGAUGGCAUGUGGAUUGAUAUGAAUGAACCAUCAAGCUUCGUGAAUGGGGCAGUUUCUCCAGGCUGCAGGGACGCCUCUCUGAACCACCCUCCCUACAUGCCACAUUUGGAGUCUAGGGACAGGGGCCUGAGCAGCAAGACCCUGUGCAUGGAGAGUCAGCAGAUCCUCCUAGACGGCUCCCCGGUGCAGCACUACAAUGUGCACAACCUGUACGGGUGGUCCCAGACCAGACCCACAUACGAAGCCGUGCAGGAGGUGACAGGACAGCGAGGGGUCGUCAUCACCCGCUCCACAUUUCCCUCUUCUGGCCGCUGGGCAGGACAUUGGCUGGGAGACAACACAGCCGCGUGGGAUCAGCUGAAGAAAUCUAUCAUUGGCAUGAUGGAGUUCAGCCUCUUCGGCAUAUCCUAUACGGGAGCAGAUAUCUGUGGGUUCUUUGAAGAUGCUGAAUAUGAGAUGUGUGUUCGCUGGAUGCAGCUGGGGGCCUUUUACCCCUUCUCAAGAAACCACAACACCAUUGGGACCAGGAGACAAGACCCUGUGUCCUGGGAUGCUGCUUUUGUGAACAUUUCCCGAAACGUCCUGCAGACCAGAUACACCCUGUUGCCAUAUCUGUAUACCUUGAUGCAUAAGGCCCACACGGAGGGCGUCACUGUUGUGCGGCCUCUGCUCCAUGAGUUUGUGUCAGACCAGGUGACAUGGGACAUAGACAGUCAGUUCCUGCUGGGCCCAGCCUUCCUGGUCAGCCCUGUCCUGGAGCGCAAUACCAGAAAUGUCACUGCCUAUUUCCCUAGAGCCCGUUGGUACGAUUACUACACGGGUGUGGAUAUUAAUGCAAGAGGAGAGUGGAAGACCUUGCCAGCCCCUCUUGACCACAUUAAUCUUCAUGUCCGUGGGGGUUACAUCCUGCCCUGGCAAGAGCCUGCACUGAACACCCACUUAAGUCGAAAGAACCCUCUUGGUCUUAUUAUUGCCCUAGAUGAAAACAAAGAAGCAAAAGGAGAACUUUUCUGGGAUGAUGGGCAAACAAAGGAUACUGUGGCCAAUAAAGUAUAUCUUUUAUGUGAGUUUUCUGUCACUCAAAACCGCUUGGAGGUGAAUAUUUCACAAUCAACCUACAAGGACCCCAAUAAUUUAGCAUUUAAUGAGAUUAAAAUUCUUGGGACGGAGGAACCUAGCAAUGUUACGGUGAAACACAAUGGUGUCCCAAGUCAGACUUCUCCUACAGUCACUUAUGAUUCUAACCUGAAGGUCGCCAUUAUCACAGACAUCAAUCUUUUCCUGGGAGAAGCAUACACAGUGGAGUGGAGCAUAAAGAUAAGGGAUGAAGAAAAAAUAGACUGUUACCCUGAUGAGAAUGGUGCUUCUGCAGAAAACUGCACUGCCCGUGGCUGUAUCUGGGAGGCAUCCAAUUCUUCUGGAGUCCCUUUUUGCUAUUUUGUCGACGACCUAUACUCUGUCAGUGAUGUUCAGUAUAAUUCCCAUGGGGCCACAGCUGACAUCUCCUUAAAGUCUUCUGUUCAUGCCAAUGCCUUCCCUUCCACACCCGUGAACCCCCUUCGCCUGCAUGUCACUUACCAUAAGAAUGAAAUGCUGCAGUUCAAGAUUUAUGAUCCCAACAACAAUCGGUAUGAAGUUCCAGUCCCUCUGAACAUACCCAGCGUGCCAUCCAGCACCCCUGAGGGUCAACUCUAUGACGUCCUCAUUAAGAAGAAUCCAUUUGGGAUUGAAAUUCGCCGGAAGAGUACAGGCACUAUAAUUUGGGACUCUCAGCUCCUUGGCUUCACCUUCAGUGACAUGUUUAUCCGCAUCUCCACCCGCCUUCCCUCCAAGUACCUCUACGGCUUUGGGGAAACUGAGCACACAUCCUAUAGGAGAGACUUGGAGUGGCACACUUGGGGGAUGUUCUCCCGAGACCAGCCCCCAGGGUACAAGAAGAAUUCCUAUGGUGUCCACCCCUACUACAUGGGGCUGGAGGAGGAUGGCAGUGCCCAUGGAGUGCUCCUGCUGAACAGCAAUGCCAUGGAUGUGACGUUCCAGCCCCUGCCUGCCUUGACAUACCGUACCACAGGGGGAGUUCUGGACUUUUAUGUGUUCUUGGGGCCAACUCCAGAGCUUGUCACCCAGCAGUACACUGAGUUGAUUGGCCGGCCUGUGAUGGUACCUUACUGGUCUUUGGGGUUCCAGCUGUGUCGCUAUGGCUACCAGAACGACUCUGAGAUCGCCAGCUUGUAUGAUGAGAUGGUGGCUGCCCAGAUCCCUUAUGACGUGCAGUACUCAGACAUCGACUACAUGGAGCGGCAGCUGGACUUCACCCUCAGCCCCAAGUUUGCUGGGUUUCCAGCUCUGAUCAAUCGCAUGAAGGCUGAUGGGAUGCGGGUCAUCCUCAUUCUGGAUCCAGCCAUUUCUGGCAAUGAGACACAGCCUUAUCCUGCCUUCACUCGGGGCAUAGAGGAUGACGUCUUCAUCAAGUACCCAAAUGAUGGAGACAUUGUCUGGGGAAAGGUCUGGCCUGAUUUUCCUGAUGUGGUUGUGAAUGGGUCUCUAGACUGGGACAGCCAAGUGGAGCUAUAUCGAGCUUAUGUGGCCUUCCCAGACUUUUUCCGUAAUUCAACUGCCAAGUGGUGGAAGAGGGAAAUAGAAGAACUAUACAACAAUCCACAGAAUCCAGAGAGGAGCUUGAAGUUUGAUGGCAUGUGGAUUGAUAUGAAUGAACCAUCAAGCUUCGUGAAUGGGGCAGUUUCUCCAGGCUGCGGGGACGCCUCUCUGAACCACCCUCCCUACAUGCCACAUUUGGAGUCCAGGGACAGGGGCCUGAGCAGCAAGACCCUGUGCAUGGAGAGUGAGCAGAUCCUCCCAGACGGCUCCCCGGUGCAGCACUACAACGUGCACAACCUGUACGGGUGGUCCCAGACCAGACCCACAUACGAAGCCGUGCAGGAGGUGACAGGACAGCGAGGGGUCGUCAUCACCCGCUCCACAUUUCCCUCUUCUGGCCGCUGGGCAGGACAUUGGCUGGGAGACAACACAGCCGCGUGGGAUCAGCUGAAGAAAUCUAUCAUUGGCAUGAUGGAGUUCAGCCUCUUCGGCAUAUCCUAUACGGGAGCAGAUAUCUGUGGGUUCUUUGAAGAUGCUGAAUAUGAGAUGUGUGUUCGCUGGAUGCAGCUGGGGGCCUUUUAUCCCUUCUCAAGAAACCACAACACCAUUGGGACCAGGAGACAAGACCCUGUGUCCUGGGAUGCUGCUUUUGUGAAUAUUUCCAGAACUGUCCUGCAGACCAGAUACACCCUGUUGCCAUAUCUGUAUACCUUGAUGCAUAAGGCCCACACGGAGGGCGUCACUGUUGUGCGGCCUCUGCUCCAUGAGUUUGUGUCAGACCAGGUGACAUGGGACAUAGACAGUCAGUUCCUGCUGGGCCCAGCCUUCCUGGUCAGCCCUGUCCUGGAGCGCAAUGCCAGAAAUGUCACUGCAUAUUUCCCUAGAGCCCGUUGGUACGAUUACUACACGGGUGUGGAUAUUAACGCAAGAGGAGAGUGGAAGACCUUGCCAGCCCCGCUUGACCACAUUAAUCUUCAUGUCCGUGGGGGCUACAUCCUGCCCUGGCAAGAGCCUGCAUUGAACACCCACUUAAGCCGCCAGAAAUUCAUGGGCUUCAAAAUUGCCUUGGAUGAUGAAGGAACUGCUGGGGGCUGGCUCUUCUGGGAUGAUGGGCAAAGCAUUGAUACCUAUGGGAAAGGACUCUAUUACUUGGCCAGCUUUUCUGCCAGCCAGAAUACGAUGCAAAGCCAUAUAAUUUUCAACAAUUACAUCACUGGUACAAAUCCUUUGAAACUGGGCUACAUUGAAAUCUGGGGAGUGGGCAGUGUCCCCAUUACCAGUGUCAGCAUCUCUGUGAGUGGCACGGUCAUAACACCGUCCUUCAACAAUGACCGCACGACACAGGUAUUAAGCAUCGAUGUGACUGACAGAAACAUCAGCCUACAUAAUUUUACUUCAUUGACGUGGAUAAGCACUCUGUGAAUUUUUACAGCAAGAUUCUAACUAACUAUGAAUGACUUUGAAACUACUUAUACUUCAUACUCAUAAAAAUUAUUGUGUGUUGCUAAUUUGUUCAUACCCACUAUUGGUGAAAUAUUUCUGUUAAUUUUGUUAUAUGUUUUUUGUGUGAACCCUAAAGGUUAAACCUUAGCCCUGUGGGAUAGGCAGUUAGGGAGGUGUGGAAAAUCUAUGCAUUACCUUAAUGUCUCUGUGUGGUUAGUAUGGUAGUGACUGUUCAUCAUAUGACAUUUACUGAAGAUGAACUGGGUCCAUGAUGAAGUGUGUUUAUGUCCACGUUUGUAAUCAUAGAAUGGACCCCAUUCUUUUGUUAAAUACACAAGAGAAAGCUUUCCGUGACAGUUCCAGGUCUUGAAGCUAAUCAGCAUCUCAAGAAAGUAUCCAGAAAGAACCUCUGCUAGUUGGUUAUAGGUGGCGGGAGGAAUAAUAUACCUAAUUGGUUAUAGGUGGGGGGAGCAUGAUAAGCAAAGAAAAGGCAAACACAAGGAAAGAUCAGAUGAAACAGAAGAUGAUAGUAAAAGUGAUCCUAAGAAUAUAAUGUAAAAUUGUCAGCAGCCUCAUGGGGAGGAGAAAGGAAGAGUCAACUCACCUGAAGAAGAGGGUCUUGAGAAAUCCUUAGCAUAAAGGGCUACUGGUGAGAUUGAGAUCUGAGCAGGCAAAGCUCAAAAGAGAGUUUGGAGGUUAAAGAUAAUUUAUUUUUGCAGUAGUGUGCUUUGAAAUGUGUAAAUCUUAUUUCUAAUAUAUAUAACCGCAUUUCACAUAAAAAUAUGCAAUUUAUAUGCCAGAUAAAAAUAAAACAAGUGAAUUUGCAAGU